AUGGCGUCUAUCAAGUCUCUCUUAAAUCCGCUCCCCGAGGCACCUCCCCUGCCCCAACUUACCCCGUCCACUGCCAGUAUCUGCAUGCCCUACGAGAAGCGGCAGAAGAUGGCCAGGGAUGGGCCCGUGUUUCGGCCGGGCAAUAUCAGGGGCGAGCUUCGCUACCCACCUUGUGAGGAGCGGGAUGAGGAGCUGGAAAGGAUCCAUCGCGAGUGGAAGUUGCAUCCUAUCGGCAAGAUUGCCCAAUUUCCUCGCCAUAUUCCCUACUCGAGUGAGAAAAAGUCGUUCCAGGAGAGGACGGGCCGUCACUGCUUCAAUGUCUUCCAGUACACCUACGAGGUCCCUGGAGAGGGAACCCAGUGGACGGUGAUGUGGGACUAUAACAUUGGGCUAGUCCGCACAACGCAUCUGUUCAAAUGCAACGAAUACUCCAAGACCACCCCCGGCAAAAUGCUGAAUGCCAACCCCGGUCUUCGUGAGAUCUGCCACAGCAUCACUGGCGGAGCAUUGGCUGCCCAAGGAUACUGGAUGCCCUACGAAGCAGCCAAGGCCCUGGCGGCGACAUUCUGCUGGAAGAUUCGGUACGCCCUGACGCCGCUCUUCGGCACUGACUUCCCAUCGCUGUGCGUCAAACCGUCGGACCAAGCCCAGUACGGCCGCAUGGUCAUCGACCCCGCUAUCGUGCAGCGCGCAACCGAAACCGCCAACCACUACCGGCAGCUAGCCCUGCAGAGCGAGCCCAGGUCUUCCCUGCAUGAAGACGACCCUCCCUCCUCGACGCCAACACUCCUACACAGGAGGGAAGAUGCCACGCCCCAAUUCCCCUCCGUCACAGAGAUCGACAUUCGUCGACGCCGUCACAUCCUCCCCAGACCAACCCGCUACUCCCACUACGCCGACAGCGUCGGCAGCGGUAGCGGCCGCGGCUCGUCAUCCGAACCGUCCUACUGCACGUCGCCCAAGAGCCCGCUACACCCGAGCUUCACACCUGUUAACACCCCGCGCAGCUCGGAGAUUGUGCCCCGGACGCAGCUGCCGUCGCCCCGUCGAGCCAUUAUCCCCUCGUAUGCGGGUGGCCGCCUGCACGCCGCGUCGACGAGUCUCAGCGACGAAAGCGAGUCCGACACUGACGCCUCGUCUAAUCCCCGCUCCGACCUCUCCCGUACCCCGGAAUGUCCUUCGCUGGACCUGCACACCGGUGGAAAGAGGCACAGUGGCUGUGAUGGCUCGGCGGAUGCGGACGAGAACAUGUCUGAUCACACCACGGACUUCGACGAGGAUGAAUCCGUGGACGACGUCGGUGACGAGGACUAUCUUGAGCGCAGUUCCAAUAGUCUCUCUGGUGGGGUGCCCUUGGGGACUAAGGACUCUUCCUUGAAGAAGAAUCUCUCUCGUGCUGCGAGUACCAACCCCCGCGAACGAAUGCCGACUUCGCGGCUGUUUGCUCGUGAGGUCAAGGCUGCUCAUGCUCUGCUCCAUUUGCACACGCAGGAGGCUAACACCAGCGAUACUGAUAUUGAUGAUGUCGCCUCUGUGAAUGUCUGGGGCUCGUCCUUGGGCUCGCGGCUCUUGACUGGGACGCGGAAGCGUCGCCGCGCCUCUCUUUGA